AUGGCUGCUAUCAACAAGAUCGCCAUCAACUCGCCGUCGAGGCAGAACCCCUCCGAGCUGGAGACCGCGAUCGCCGGUGCUCUCUUCGACCUCGAGAGCAACACACAGGACCUGAAGGCCACCCUCAGGCCCCUGCAGUUUGUCUCUGCCCGUGAGGUCGAGGUCGGCCACGGCAAGAAGGCAGUCAUCAUCUUCGUCCCUGUCCCUCUCCUCCAGGGCUUCCACAAGAUCCAGCAGCGUCUGACCCGUGAGCUCGAGAAGAAGUUCUCCGACCGCCACGUCCUCUUCGUUGCUCAGCGCCGCAUCCUGCCCCGCCCCAAGCGCUCCGCCAGCUCUCGUUCCAACCAGAAGCAGAAGCGUCCCCGUUCCCGCACUCUGACUGCUGUCCACGACGCCAUCCUCACCGACCUCGUCUACCCCGUCGAGAUCGUCGGCAAGCGUACCCGCACCAAGGAGGACGGCUCCAAGACCCUCAAGGUCAUCCUGGACGAGAAGGAGCGUGGUGGUGUUGACCACCGCCUUGAUGCCUACGGCGAGGUCUACCGUCGGUUGACUGGCCGUGCUGUUGUCUUUGAAUUCCCCCAGGGUGGUGCCGACUACUAGAGAGUGAAAAAAAAAGGAAUCAAAUUUUUUUUUCCCUCUUUUUUUUUUCCUUUUUUAAUUUGACAAGUGACAAAUGUGACAAGACAAGAGACUAAAAAUUUGAUUUGACCUUCUUACCUCAAUUUUUUCUUCUUACUCCGUCCUAUUCUCUCCUCCCAUCUUUCUUGCCGUUUCUUCCAUAUUUUUUUUACUCGUCGAUUUCCCUCGGAAAAUCACGUACCAUAUAUUGCACGUGGGCUCAGGGACAUGCAGAAACAUUAAACUACGAUCUCCCCAUCCCCCAUCACCAACCCCCCUUUUUUGUUUCCUGCAUGUUCCCCUCCCACACACCCACCUCAGCCGUCAGUCAGUCAGUCAGUUAGACACCUUCUUGCUUGCGGCUCUUGUGGGGUUGAGGAUUGAGACAGUGAGGUUCUGGUCAGGUAUCUUUCUUUCG